ACAAACUAAUGAGAAUGACGUUUAUUUGUUUACUUUUUCAUUCUUUCAUUUUAACUUUUACUUGCAUUUUUAUACAAUUUAUAAUUUAAAUUAAAAAUAUAAAAAAAUAUUUCAAACAACCACUAAUGUUUUGAAUGUCUAUAUACUUCAGUAUUAUUUAAAAUUACAUCAAGAAUCGAGCUGUAUAAAAUAAUUUGCUCUGACUAGCGCGAAUUCAUUCUUAUUAUUAAAGUAUCUAUCUAUAUAAUUUAAAAUAAAGCAAUGGUACGCUUCAAAAACAGGUAUGUUACAGUGGAAAUAGAAGCCCCUGAAGUUCCUGACUCAAGACCUCUCUACUUGAAGUCGAAAAUAUUCCAUGAAAGUGUAAUUAAUAAAAUACAACAACUAUAUGGUGAUUUUGGAGUAGCAGCUGUGAGAACUGGGCUUCUAACAAAAUACUGUAAUGAAAUUACAAGAAUAGCUAUAAUUAGAGUUAGACAUGGGCCCCAUAGGUUUGUUGUCAGCAGUUUGCCAUUUAUUACUAAAAUUGGUAAAUUAGAAACAAGGUUAAGGACACUUCAUGUGGGUGCUACAUUGAAACAUAGUUUCAAAUUCAUACAAAAACAUCAAAGAGCAUAUUUAGAUUCUGCAUGGUGUUUACUGAAAACGGAUGAGGAAAGAAAAAAGUUGGAAGCUGCUGUGAUGGACUUCACAAAGACGGAUGUGUCAGUAAAUUUAGAGAACAUCGUAUAACUGUAUUUCUUAAACUAUUUUUUAAUAUACUUUAUUAAUUCAG